CAUUACUACAGCAAUAUGCCUCCAUCAUCAGACCACAACUUUUUACAGAUCUCAUUCAAUCCAGAAAUAACACAAAAGUACACAAUGGAAUUAAUUUCUUAAGCAAGCAAGCAGCCAUGGCAGAAUCCAGAGAUUACGUUGGAGACUUCCUGACAGAAUUCAAGGAGCAGAUAAUUACAAGUGCGACUCGGGUCAGUGACAUUGCUGAGGCUGUUGUCUCCCAAAGUCUGAUACAUGAAGCAGCAGCUCAACAAGUGCAGGCUGCUCCAACCCAGCAGGAAGCAAUGCGGCUCCUAUUUGAGGCUUUGGAAAGAGAGCCACCCCUAAACAGAGUGUCCUUCCAUCUCAUACUGAGAAUGACAGAGCCUGAACUGAUUCAAGAACUAGAGUGGAGACAACGCAACAGCAAGCAAACGCAAACAGAGAGAAUCAGUCCACCCAGUUCUCCUAGAGAAAAAAGAAGACAGGAUGACAGAAAUGGACAUUCAAGUGACAUCCAGAAAAGAAAAGACUCUCUAAAAAGGCGUAGGCUUGAAACAAUGCGUGCCAUUGAGCAGAUCGAGAAACUCUGGGAAGGAACUCAGCAAGAAAGAACUGAGAUAGACAACAUGAGACAGCGGAUUCAGCGACAGCAAGAUGAGAUAGUCAGGAUGACCACAGAGAAAAGACAACUUGAAAGAACUAUUGCUCACAUGAAAGCUGAGAUGGACCACAUCUGUGAAAGAAUGGAUCGUAAUAAAGAAGAGGUAAAUAGAGAGAGGGAGAGGAUUGAACAAAUGAGAUCUGAUCUCCAAACUGAGCAAACCACACUGGAGCAAAAGCAUGAUGAAAUCUUGAGAGAGAGACAGAACUUGGAGAUGAUCAGAUAUGAGACUCUGAGACAGAAGGAGGAGCUGGAGAGCAACCGUGAAAGCACAAAGUAUGAGAUGGAACGGAUGGAACAAAUGAAAAGUGCCAUACAAGUUCAGAUCAAUGAGAUAGAGAUGAAGAUUGAAGAAACACAGAAAGCAAAGUGUCAGAUGGAGCAGAUGAAAGCUGAAAUAGAGGAGGAGAAAAGCGAGUUGGAGAGAAAAAAGUAUGACAUCAAGAGGCAAAGAGACCAAUUUGAGCAGAUUAAAGUUGACAUACAGCAAGUAAAGAUGGAAAUGGAGCAAAGGUGGCAUGAAACAGAGAAAGAAGGGUUGGAACAGAGAGCUAUAAUCCAAAGAGAGAAAGAUGAGCUGAAAUACCUGCAAGACGAGAUUCAAAGAACAAGAGAAGAGGUUGAAAGAAACAGAGAGCUUUCAAAACAAGAGAAUGAGAGAAUAAACCAGCUGAGAGCUCAAGCGCUUACAGAAAACAACCUCAUUGAAAAGAAAUGGCAAGAUAUCUUAAAAAAAGAAAAGGAUCUGGAAGAGAUGAAAUAUGAGAUUGAGAGAGGUCGAGAGGAGUUGGUGAUGAAUGGUGAGCUGGUCAAAAAGGAAUGGGAAAAGAUCGGACAGGCUAAAAUGGAAAUACAAAAUCACAUGAUAUCUUUGGACGCCAGAGUUGAGGAAAUAAAAAGAGAAACGGACAGGGUGAAAUAUAUGAAAAUAGAGAUGCAGAAGGCCAAAGAUAUUCUAGAAAAACAGAAGGAUGAUGUACGAAAAGCUAAAGAAGAUAUGGAGAAGAAGAGGUAUGAGAUAGUGACAGAAGAGCUAGAGCACAGAGCUCGACUGCAGAGGGAGAGAGAUGAUCUGGAGAGUUUAAGAGUAGAGAUACAAAGGGCUAACGAUAUGGAGAAAGCAAAGAUACUGAAGGAGAAGGAAGACAGUUUUAAGAUAAGAGAAGAAGCCAGACAAGAAAGAGAAAUUAUAGAAUUAAUCAAAACAGAGAUCAAGGCUGAAAAAGACAGCUUGAACCGAAGACAUGAGGAGAUGCUGAGGGAGAGACAAGAGUUAGAGAGAAUUAAACGUGAGACGGACAGAGCCAAAGAGGAGAUUGAGAACAGCCAAGAAGUCACAAUCCGGGAAAAUGAAAAAAUGGAAAAAAUGAAGACUGAAAUUCAGGGACAAAUUGAAGAUAUUGAGAAGAAAAUUGAGGAGAUCCAAAAAACAAAAGAACAAAUGGAGGAGACAAAGGCUGAGUUGGAUGAAGAGCGGGAGGAGCUGGAACGAAAGAGAGAAUUGGUGAGAAGAGAGACCGAACAAUGCGAGUUCCUCAGAAGUGAAAUCCUCAGGGUGAAGGAGGAAAUGGAGAACAGGUGGCAUGAAACAGAGAAAGAGGAAGUCGAACUUAGAGCGAAAACCCAGCAUGAGCUGGAAAAACUGGAAAAAUUAAGGGACGAGGUCCAAAGAUCUCAGAAAAACAUUGAGGAGAGCAGGAUGGAGCUCUUGCAGUGGAAGGACAGUCUUGAAAAACUGAAGCUUCAGGCAGAGGAUGACAACCUUGCCGCUAUCAAACAGAUGGAUGAGGCUAAAGCAAAGAGAGAGGAGUUGACAAAAAUGAUAGAACAGAUGGACAAAGAGCGAGAAGAGAUUAAUAACAACAGAGAAAAGGCUAAAGAAGAAGCAGAUGAAAUCAAAAGCAUGAGGAAUGAGCUACAAAGACAAAAGGCAGAAAUAGAGAACAGGAUUACAGUUGCUAAACGAGAAAAAGAGGAGGCAAACCAUGCCAAACUUGCAGUCCAAGAGGCUGAGAUGCUCUUAAAAAAGGAAAAGGAAGAGUCAGAAAAGAGACGGUAUGAAACCAUAACAGAGGCAUUGGAGCAAAGAGAUGAAAUACACAAAAAAACAGAGGAGUUGGAACUAAUAAACAAAGAGAUACAAAGAGCUAGAGAUGAGUUAGAAAGGUUGAGGCAUUCUGAAAAAGAGAACCUGCAGAAAAUGCUGGAGGAUACACAGCAAGAGAAAGAAUUUGUUAAGCAAAUGAAAAUAGCUGUGUUGAAGGACAAGGAAGAUCAGGAAAAGCGUUUAGCUGAUAUGGACAAGGAGAGAGAGGAAAUUAAACAGAUAAGAGUUCAGGUCCUGAAUGAGAAGAAAGAUAUAGAAAAACGAAGGUAUGAAAUUAUGAGAAAUGAUGUAGAACAGAGUGCUCAAGUGCAGAGACAAAGAGAAGAACUUGAGAAGAUCAAGACUCAGCUAUUUCUGGACACAGAGACCAUGAUCAGAAGCAGAGAGUUAGCGCAACAAGACAAAGAGAAAGCUGAACAACUUAUGAAUGAGAUCCAGGAACAAAGAGAGGAAGUGAAUAAAAGGUUAGAGGAGACAAAACAACGAGAGGACACUUUGAGGAAGAUGAGAGAGGACAUGGAGCACGAGAGAGAAGAUCUGGAGAAGAUCCGUGUGGAAACACUAAGAGGGAAAGACACAUAUGAAGAGGUCAAGGAUGAGAUUAACAGGGUGAGAGCAGAGAUAGAGAGGUUGUGGGAUGAGGCUGAAAAGGGAGAGCCUGAGGAACGUGAGAGGAUGAACCGGGAGAAGGAGGAGAUGAUGAGAAAGAUGGAAGCUAUGAAGAAGGAGAUGGGUGAGAUUGAAGACAUGAAGAUGGAGUUAACAAAACAGAAGGAGGACAUCGACGUAAAGAUGGAAAAGGCAAGGCUGGAAAUGACUUAUCUUGAAAAGAUGAGGGCAGAGCUACAAAAACAGAAAGAAGAUAUUGAAAUCCAGAUGAUGGAAACAAAGAGUGAGAGACACCAGAUGGAACUGAUGAGGACUGAGAUCCUAAAACAAAAAGAGGACGUUGAAAGGAAAAUGGAGCUAGCAAAAGCAGAGAUGGACAAAAUGCAGCAUGUCAAAGAGGAAACACAAAGACAAAGAGAAGAGCUGGAUGAAAGGAUGCAGAAAACCAAACGAGAGAUUGGAGAAAUGGAGCUGAUGAAGAGAGAAAUGGAAGGGAAGAAGAAAGAACUUGACCAAAGGAUGAAAUUGACCAUGAGGAAGAAGGAUGAGAUGGAACGACUGAGGAUGGAGAUACAAAGGGCAAAAGACGAGAUGGAGCAGAAAAGAGUGGAGACGGAGAGGCAGAAAUAUGAAAUGGAGCAAGUUAAAGCUGAAAUCCAAAGAGCGAGAGAGGAGUUUGAACUAAGAAUGGAGGAGAGAGAUUUAGAUGAAGAGAAAGGACAGAUGAAUCUCACGAUAAUCAACCUUAUUCAACAGAUUGAGGGGACGAGAGAAAUGGUGCGGAAAGCAAAAUUCCAGAUUGAAAGCCGAAUGGUAGGAAGUCAGAUGGAGACAACAGACCAAGAGGAGAUGAAUGCUGAGAUGCACAGGCUCAUUUUGGAGAUUGAACACAUUCGGGAAAUGCUGCGAGGUCUUAAGGCUGAGGUAGAACACAACAAGGAAACGAUGAAGAGAGACAGGGAUGAGAUGAGGCUACUGAAGAAUGAAGUUCAACGAAGGAGAAGAGAGAUUGAAUAUAGAGAAGAAAGAAUUAUGAGAGAACGAGGUGAACUAGAACUCAUGAGAAAUAUGAUGCAGCGGCAAAGAGAAGAACUGGAGGAGAGGCUGGAGGAGAUCAUUAAAGAGAAUGAUAUGGUGGAGCAGAUGAGAGAAGAUGUGAAAAAUGCUUUUGAGGACAUAGCACAGGCCAAAGAAGAGAUAAAGAGACAGAAAGAACACAUUGCUCUAGAAAAGACCAGUAAAGAAAAGGUUCUACCAGCCAUGAUUCCAACUGAGAGCCAGGAGUAUGCAAAAACAGAAGAACCAGCUGCCAUUAAAGUGAAAGACUAUGUGAGUGAUAUACAUAAAGAAAGACGAGAACUGGAACAAUAUAAAGAAAUAUUUUUAAAAGAGAAACAGGACCUAGAGAAAACAAAGGAGGAUGUUCGAGGGGUAAAGACUGAAGCUGAAGAGAGGAUGAAAAAAUUACAAGAGAGGGAAACAGAGAUGGAAAAGAAACGAGUGAGUCUACAAAACUGGGAAAGACUGGUGCAAUCAGAAAGAGAAGAAAACCAGAGAGGUCUAGAUAUAAUACGGAAAGAGAAGGAGCAGCUAGAUCAAAGAAAACAAGAACUAGAGAAUAUGGAAGUAAAUCUACAGAGAGAGAAAUGUGAAUUGGAAAAGGCAAGACUGACAGAGAUUAAACUAGUUGAUGUACAAGUUCAAACUGAUGUGAUGAAGGAUGCAGGAAAAUAUCAGAUGAUCUUGACUAUGGAAGAGCUGGAUAAAGAGCGGCAAGCUCUGAAGAAUUUCCAAGAAGAAUUACUUGCACAAAAAAGUACAAUUGAGAGACAACUGGCAGAAAUAAAACUGAGCAAGGAUGAAUUUUCGCUCAAAGAAGCCGCACUGCAAACUGCAGCAAAAAACACAGCAGACAUAGAGUUACAAUUAGAGCUACGAAAACAGGAGCUAGAAAGAACAAAAUAUGAGCUGGAAAAGACAAAGCUAGAAAUACAGAAAGGAUGGGAUGACCUGCAGGCUGAGAUAACAGAAAGCAGAGAAAAAGAAGACAUGAUAAGAACAGAAUUAGAAAAUGUGAGAAAUGUCCUAAAUCACAUCCAACAGGAUACAGAAAAACAAAAGCAAACCAUGGAGGCUGACCUAAAAUACACUUUUGCUAGAGAACUAGAAGACAUAGAAGGUCAGAGAAAAGGGAUAGAGGAUGAAAAGGGAAUGUUACAGAACAUGAAAUAUGAGCUGCAAAAAGAGUCUAGUGAAAUCGAAAGGUUAAAACAGGAUGUGCUGAAAGAAAGAGAGAAUAUGGAGAAAUGGGCAGAGCAGCUUAAACAAGAGAGGGAGGAACUAGAAAAGAAAAUGUGUAAUCUGCAACAAAUACAAGCAGAAAUAGCCAGAGAAAAUGAAUAUCUAGAGAACCUGAGAGAGGAGAAUAAGCUGACACUGAAGGAGAUCCAAAAGGAGAGAGACACUCUUGAGAAAAUAAAUGAACUAAUUUUACACAAAAAAGAUGAUUUUGAGAAUGAGAAGGAGGAAAUAAAGCAAAAAGAAAAUGAACUGCAGCAAAUGCAGGCUGAUCUCAACAGACAACAGAAAGACAUGCAGGAUAUUCAGAAUAUAGUUCUAAUGCAAAAAAGUCAACUUCAGAAAAGCCAAGAUGAAAUAGCCGAAAAGCUAAAACAGGCGGAAUACAUCAGGCAGUUCACACAAAAUGAAAAAGACAAUCUUGACAGAGAAAGGAUGGUUAUAAUGGAACAGAAGCAGCAGAUGGAAAGCAACUUGACAGAUGCAUUAAACAGAGAACUGGAAAUUGUGGAGCUUUUGAAAAAAGAGGUACUAAAUCAGAAACAACUUAUUGAGGACUGCAGAAUAGAUUUAAUGAGGGAUAAAGAAGAUCUGGAGAGGAAGAAAAUAAAUUUGGGCAGUCAGGAAGAGGAGAUAAAAUUACAAAGACAAAGUUUAGCAGAAGAGAAAAGCAAGUUGCAACACACUGAAUCUGUGCUGCAACGAGUAGCCGAAGAUACCGAGAAGCUACGACAAGAUGCACUAGCUGAAAGACAGAAACUUAAAAACACUGCUGCGCAACUUCAGAAAGAGAGAGAUGACAUUGUGAGCCUUGCAGAAGAGACAAAAAGAAAGAGAGAGGACCUGGAUAAAAUGCAAGCUGAUUUAGAAAAGCAGGAGAAAUCAUUACAGAUAUUGAAGAGCAUAAAGGCUGAUCUGCAAAAAGAAGCCAGUGUCAUUGAAAAUUUAAGACAAGCUGUUCAAAAUGACAUACAAAAUGUAAAAGAUAUGGAAGCCAAAAUUCAAAAAGAAAGACAAUACAGUGAUAGUCUAGUUGAAGAGUUUGAAAAGAGGUCCAAAGCUCUGGAUGAGGUGCGCAUGGAGGUUGAAAAAGAAAAGCGAUAUGUUGAGUCUGAGAGAGAUGUGCUAGAACAGGAAAAGUCUAAGCUCAGAGAUCUAAAAGAUGAAGUCGCUCAGCGAAAAGAACAGAACAUUAUUAUACUGGCAGAGAUAGAAAAGGAAAGAGACAAUCUUGUCCAGCUGAGUGAAACCAUCUCAAAUCAGAGCUGCAUUGUUGAAAGUGAUAAAGAAAAUUUAAGAUGGAGAGAAAAUGAACUGAAACAAAAAGAAGCAGAAAUUGAAAACAAACAAAAACAAAUAAAUGAGUUGAAGAGCAGUUUAAGAAAGGAAAAGAUGCAAGUUGAGCAGAUGCAAGUUGACCAAGAUCAACAAUGGACAGUUGCACAUGAAAAAAUACAGUACGUUGCAAGAGAUAUUGGUGUGACAGAUCUGGAGAAAGAGAGACAGGAAAUUGAGAAUUUGAGAGAAGAACUGAGGGUGAAAUAUGAAAAUGUGGAGCUCCAAAUGAGAUAUUUAACUGAGCAAAAAGAAGUAUUUGAAAGCUGCAUGAAAUCACUAGAAAUGGACAAGGAAGACAUAGAGAAAAAUAAAGCCAAACUGCACAAAGAAUUUGAAAAAUUUCAGUUUCAGAGGCAAUCAUUUGAGAAGGAGAUACAGCAGGUGAGAGCUGACCUUCAGACAGAGGCUGACAAUACUGACAGAAUAAAGAAAGAGGUGGUAGCUGAAAAACAGAGUAUAAAAGACAUGGCAGCUCAAAUUCAACAUGAGGGAAAUGACAGAAAAGAAGCUCUUGAGAGAAUACGCCUUGAGCUAGAAAAACAAAAGCAAGACAUUGAGACUGAAAAAAAUAUACUAGAAAACCAAAAGUUCGAAGUGGAGAAAAGCAUAAGAGAGAUAGCUAGAGCAAAAGAUGAUCUUGCUGACAAGAGAAAAAUAAAUGAUAUUGAUCGGUCAGAGAUGGAGAAGCAGAAAAAUUCCCUUGAGCAGAUCAAGAUAAACAUAUCACAAGAGGAACAUGGUAUUAAAAUAGUGAAGGAAAGUUUAAGACACCAAGAAAAUAACCUGAAAAUACGUACAUCACAACUUCAUGCACAACAGAAAGAAAUAGAAGAGAUUCAGGAUGUUAUCAUGAAAGAAAAGAGUCAGCUUAAUGAAAGACAGGCUGAAAUGGAAAAGCAAAAGAGAGAGUUAGAUUAUGUGAUGGACAGACUUGAAAAAGAGAGGGCUAAUAUAAUGGAAGAAAGACAAAGAGUGAAUGGCAUUGCAGUAGAACUGAAGAGGGAAAGUGAAACAGUGGAGCUGAUGAAACAAGAAGUUCUCCGUGAAAAAGAAUCUAUUGAAAACAGCAGGCAAAUACUGAAUAAAGAUCUAGAAGAUAUACAAGAAAAUAGAACCAUCUUAGCUGAGGAGUUUGAGACCUUAAACUACCAGAAACAAUUGACUGGUCAAGAAAAGCAAGAAUUUGAUAAGAUGAAAAAUGAGCUCCAACAAGAAAAGGCAAUUAUUGCUAAACUUAGGCAAGACAUAGAAAAUGGCAGGCAGAAGGCUGAGGAAGUGGCGAUCAAACUCCAAAAAGAGAAGGAAGAUAUAGAGAUUUCCUUUGCCAGGAUAAGAUCAGAGGAAGAAGAUCUAAGAAAACAAAAACAAACAAUUGAAUCUGAUAGAGACACUCUUAAAAAGCACAAGUCUGACCUAGAAAAAACUAAAGCAGAGAUAGCCAGAGCCAAAGAAGAUCUCGAAAACCAAAUUGAAUCACAAAAAAGACAAAAUGAGGUAACGCUGGCAGAGAUAGAGAGAGAGAAACACAUUCUUGAGCAGUUAAAGAUGAACGUAUUACAACAGAGAGACGAUUUAGAAAAGGACAUCGAACAAACAAGAUACAAACAAACAGAGCUACAACGUCUAAAAAUGGAGAUUCAGAAAGAGCAAAAAGUGAUAGAUGAGCAGAAGAUGAUGACUGCAACAGGGCAGAGUGGGCUGAAAGACAUUAAAGCUCAGAUAGAUAAAGAGAAAAAAGAGACAGAUGACACCAAAGAACAGAUUAUAAAGGAGAGAGAUGAUAUUGAGAGAGAAAAGGCAGAAUUAAUGAAUCAAAAACAACAUAUGGAGGUAAAUUUGAGGCAAGAACUAAAAAUGGAAAGUGAAAAGCUAGAGCUGAAAAAGGAGGAAUUGACUGAAAAGGAAAUGUUGGAAAAUUAUAGACAACUGCUGAAGAGAGACAUGGAAGAUCUGCGACAAAAACGAAUUAAUGUAGAAAGAGAUUCAGAGAGUCUGAAACAUGAUAGAGAAGCUUUAGAGAAUGAGAAGGAAUUAAUAAAACAGAUCAAAACUGAACUGAAAAGAGAGACAGAAGAAAUUGAGAAGAUCAAACAACAAACACAACAUGAAAGACAAAAGCUGGAUGAAAUGACAGCUCAACUCCAGAAAGAGAGGAAAGAAAUCAAUGAUCUUACUGAGGAGACCAAAGGAAAAGGCACAGUCUUGGAUGAAAUGAACAAAGAAAUUCAAGUGAAAAUUAAAGAAAUUCAAUCUGAUAGAGAUAUCAUUGAGAAGGAAAAACAUGAACUUGAGAAAAUCAAAAGGGAACUUGCUAUCGCAAAGGAGGAUAUUGAAAAAGAAAGAGAAAAGCAAGGAAUCACACUAGAAGAGAUACAGAAAGAUAGAGAGAGUCUAGAGAAGAUGAAGGAGACCAUCACAAGACAAACACACGUUAUGAAAAAUCAAGAGGAACAACUGAGACAAAAACAAAAUGAGCUUGAGCAAGUGAAAAUUGAAAUUCAGAAUAUGCAGAGAGAACUAGACAAUGACAGAAACAUUAUAAUAAAAGACAAAAGUCAGCUUGAUCUGAGACAAUCUGAGCUAGACAAACUACAGGGAGAAGUGAGUGACAUUAUGGAAAAAAUGAGGAAUGAGAGAAGCCAACUAGAUAAAGAUAAACAUGAGAUUGAAGAACAGAAACAGCAAUUGAAGAAAGAAAAAGAUGAUGUAGACCAAAGCAGAGAAUAUCUGACUGAAGACUUAAAAAUGAUGACACUUCAGAAACAAGUGUUUGAAGAUGAGAAGAACAAGUUAGAACAGAUGAAGAUUGAUCUGCAAAGAGAAGCUGAUGAUAUCAGAAAGCUCAAAGAAGAAACACAAAAUGAGGAACAGAGUGUGAAAAAGAUGGCCAGAGAACUUCAGAAGGAGAAAGAAGUUAUUGUUAAUCUUGCUGAAGAUACAAAGAGAAAACAUGAGAUUCUGGAUGAAAUGAAAACUGAAAAUGAGUCUUUAAUGGCAGAUCUACAAAGAGAGAAAAACAAACUUGAGCAAAUGGGAUUGAACAUCUCCAAAGAAAAUGAUGAUAUUGAAAAUGAGAAAGAGAAAAUAAGACUCAGACAAGAUGAGCUAGAUCAACUACAAGCAGAGAUUUAUAAACAACAAAGUGAAAUGAAAAAGGAAAAUAACAACAUUGAAAGUGUAAGAGCUGCAGUGAUCAGAGAAAAACAGGACAUGAUGACUGAGCUGAGAAAGAAGUCUGAAGAUGUUGAGAUUCAGAUGAAUGAGGUAAUGACCAAACAGGAAAUGUUGGAAAAUGAUAGAAAACUGCUGAAGAGAGACAUGGAAGAUCUGCAACAAAAACUAGUUAAUGUAGACAGAGACUCAGAGAGUCUGAAACAUGAGAGAGAAGCUUUGGAGAAUGAGAAGGAAUUAAUAAAACAGAUCAAAACUGACCUACAAAGAGAGACAGAAAAGAUUGAGAAGAUCAAACUACAAACACAAAAUGAAAGACAAAAGCUGGAUGAAAUGACAGCUCAACUCAAGAAAGAGAGGAAAGAAAUUAAUGAUCUUACUGAGGAGACCAAAGGAAAAGGCACAGUCUUGGAUGAAAUGAACAAAGAAAUUCAAGUGAAAAUUAAAGAAAUUCAAUCUGAUAGAGAUAUCAUUGAGAAGGAAAAACAUGAACUUGAGAAAAUCAAAAGGGAACUUGCUAUCGCAAAGGAGGAUAUUGAAAAAGAAAGAGAAAAGCAAGGAAUCACACUAGAAGAGAUACGGAAAGAUAGAGAGAGUCUAGAGAAGAUGAAGGAGACCAUCACAAGACAAACACACGUUACGAAAAAUCAAGAGGAACAAAUGAGACAAAAACAACAUGAACUUCAAAAACUGAAAACUGAAAUUCAAAAUCAGAAACAGGAACUAGACAAUGACAGAAACAUUAUAAUAAAAGACAAAAGUCAGCUUGAUUUGAGACAAUGUGAGGUAGAUAAACAACAGGGAGAAGUGACUGACAUUAUGGAAAAAAUUAGGAAUGAAAAAAGACAACUAGAUAAAGAUAAACAUGACAUUGAAGAACGCAAACAGCAAUUGAAGAAAGAAAGAGAUUAUGUAGACAAAAGCAGGGAAGGUCUGAAUGAAGACCUAAAUAUGAUGACACUUCAGAAACAAGUGUUUGAAGAUGAGAAGAACAAGUUAGAACAGAUGAAGAUUGAUCUGCAAAGAGAAGCUGAUGAUAUCAGAAAGCUCAAAGAAGAAACACAAAAUGAGGAACAGAGUGUGAAAAAGAUGGCCAAAGAACUUCAGAAGGAGAAAGAAGUUAUUGUUAAUCUAGCUGAAGAUACAAAGAGAAAACAUGAGAUUCUGGAUGAAAUGAAAACUGAAAAUGAGUCUUUAAUGGCAAAUCUACAAAAAGAGAAACACAGCCUUGAGCAAAUGAGAUUAAACAUCUCCAAAGAAACUGAUGAUAUUGAAAAUGAGAAAGAGAAAAUAAGACUCAGACAAGAUGAGCUAGAUCAACUACAAACAGAGAUUCAUAAACAACAAAAUGAAAUUAUAAAGGGAAAGAACAACAUUGAAAGUGAAAGAGCUGCAGUGAUCAGAGAAAAACAGGACAUGAUGACUGAGCUGAGAAAGAAGUCUGAAGAUGUUGAGAUUCAGAUGAAUGAGGUAAUGACCAAACAGGAAAUGUUGGAAAAUGAUAGAAAACUGCUGAAGAGAGACAUGGAAGAUCUGCAACAAAAACUAGUUAAUGUAGACAGAUACUCAGAGAGUCUGAAACAUGAUAGAGAAGCUUUAGAGAAUGAGAAGGAGUUAAUAAAACAGAUCAAAACUGACCUACAAAGAGAGACAGAAGAGAUUGACAAGAUCAAACUACACACACAAGAUGAGAUGCAAAAACUGGAGGAAAUAACAGCUCAACUCCAGAAAGAGAGAGAAGAAAUCGACAAUCUCAUUGAGGAGACAAAAAGAAAAAACAUGGUCUUGGAUGAAAUUAAUACAGAAAUUGAACUGAAAUCUAAAGCCAUUCAAUCUGAUAGAGACCAGCUUGAGAAGGAAAAACAUGAACUUGAGAAAACCAAACAUGAACUUGCUAAAAUCAAAGAGGAUCUUGAAAAGCAAUUUGCUGAGCAAGCAGAAAAGAAAGAAUUAAUCCUGGCAGAGACACAGAAAGAGAGAGACACCCUAAAGGAGAUGAAUGAGACCAUCACAAGACAAAUACAUGAUAUAAAAAAUCAAGAGGAACAACUGAGACAAAAACAACAUGAACUUGAGCAAGUGAAAAUUGAAAUUCAGAAUAUGCAGACAAAACUAGACAAUGACAGAAACAUUAUAAUAAAAGACAAAAGUCAGCUUGAUCUGAGACAAUCUGAGCUAGACAAACUACAGGGAGAAUUGAGUGACAUUAUGGAAAAAAUGAGGAAUGAGAGAAGCCAACUAGAUAAAGAUAAACACGAGAUUGAAGAACAGAAACAGCAAUUGAAGAAAGAAAGAGAUGAUGUAGACCAAAGCAGAGAAUAUCUGACUGAAGACUUAAAGAUGAUGACACUUCAGAAACAAGUGUUUGAAGAUGAGAAGAACAAGUUAGAACAGAUGAAGAUUGAUCUGCAAAGAGAAGCUGAUGAUAUCAGAAAGCUCAAAGAAGAAACACAAAAUGAGGAACAGAGUUUGGAAAAGAUGGCCAAAGAACUUCAGAAGGAGAAAGAAGUUAUUGCUAAUCUAGCUGAAGAUACAAAGAGAAAACAUGAGAUUCUGGAUGAAAUGAAAACUGAAAAUGAGUCUUUAAUGGCAGAUCUACAAAGAGAGAAAAACAAACUUGAGCAAAUGAGAUUGAACAUCUCCAAGCAAACUGAUGAUAUUGAAAAUGAGAAAGAGAAAAUAAGACUCAGACAAGAUGAGCUAGAUCAACUACAAGCAGAGAUUUAUAAACAACAAAAUGAAAUUAUAAAGGGAAAGAACAACAUUGAAAGUGAAAGAGCUGCAGUGAUCAGAGAAAAACAGGACAUGAUGACUGAGCUGAGAAAGAAGUCUGAAGAUGUUGAGAUUCAGAUGAAUGAGGUAAUGAUCAAACAGGAAAUGUUGGAAAAUGAUAGAAAACUGCUGAAGAGAGACAUGGAAGAUCUGCAACAAAAACUAGUUAAUGUAGACAGAGACUCAGAGAGUCUGAAACAUGAUAGAGAAGCUUUGGAGAAUGAGAAAGAGUUAAUAAAACAGAUCAAAACUGACCUACAAAGAGAGACAGAAGAGAUUGACAAGAUCAAACUACACACACAAGAUGAGAUGCAAAAACUGGAGGAAAUAACAGCUCAACUCCAGAAAGAGAGAGAAGAAAUCGACAAUCUCAUUGAGGAGACAAAAAGAAAAAACAUGGUCUUGGAUGAAAUUAAUACAGAAAUUGAACUGAAAUCUAAAGCCAUUCAAUCUGAUAGAGACCAGCUUGAGAAGGAAAAACAUGAACUUGAGAAAACCAAACAUGAACUUGCUAAAAUCAAAGAGGAUCUUCAAAAGCAAUUUGCUGAGCAAGCAGAAAAGAAAGAAUUAAUCCUGGCAGAGACACAGAAAGAGAGAGACACCCUAAAGGAGAUGAAUGAGACCAUCACAAGACAAAUACAUGAUAUAAAAAAUCAAGAGGAACAACUGAGACAAAAACAACAUGAGCUUGAGCAAGUGAAAAUUGAAAUUCAGAAUAUGCAGAGAGAACUAGACAAUGACAGAAACAUUAUAAUAAAAGACAAAAGUCAGCUUGAUCUGAGACAAUCUGAGCUAGACAAACUACAGGGAGAAUUGAGUGACAUUAUGGAAAAAAUGAGGAAUGAGAGAAGCCAACUAGAUAAAGAUAAACACGAGAUUGAAGAACAGAAACAGCAAUUGAAGAAAGAAAGAGAUGAUGUAGACCAAAGCAGAGAAUAUCUGACUGAAGACUUAAAGAUGAUGACACUUCAGAAACAAGUGUUUGAAGAUGAGAAGAACAAGUUAGAACAGAUGAAGAUUGAUCUGCAAAGAGAAGCUGAUGAUAUCAGAAAGCUCAAAGAAGAAACACAAAAUGAGGAACAGAGUGUGAAAAAGAUGGCCAAAGAACUUCAGAAGGAGAAAGAAGUUAUUGCUAAUCUUGCUGAAGAUACAAAGAGAAAACAUGAGAUUCUGGAUGAAAUGAAAACUGAAAAUGAGUCUUUAAUGGCAGAUCUACAAAGAGAGAAAAACAAACUUGAGCAAAUGAGAUUGAACAUCUCCAAGCAAUCUGAUGAUAUUGAAAAUGAGAAAGAAAAAAUAAGACUCAGACAAGAUGAGCUAGAUCAACUACAAGCAGAGAUUUAUAAACAACAAAAUUUAAUUAUAAAGGGAAAGAACAACAUUGAAAGUGAAAGAGCUGCAGUGACCAGGGAAAAACAGGACAUGAUGACUGAGCUGAGAAAGAAGUCUGAAGAUGUAGAGAUUCAGAUGAAUGAGGUAAUGAUCAAACAGGAAAUGUUGGAAAAUGAUAGAAAACUGCUGAAGAGAGACAUGGAAGAUCUGCAACAAAAACUAGUUAAUGUAGACAGAUACUCAGAGAGUCUGAAACAUGAUAGAGAAGCUUUAGAGAAUGAGAAGGAGUUAAUAAAACAGAUCAAAACUGACCUACAAAGAGAGACAGAAGAGAUUGACAAGAUCAAACUACACACACAAGAUGAGAUGCAAAAACUGGAGGAAAUAACAGCUCAACUCCAGAAAGAGAGAGAAGAAAUCGACAAUCUCAUUGAGGAGACAAAAAGAAAAAACAUGGUCUUGGAUGAAAUUAAUACAGAAAUUGAACUGAAAUCUAAAGCCAUUCAAUCUGAUAGAGACCAGCUUGAGAAGGAAAAACAUGAACUUGAGAAAACCAAACAUGAACUUGCUAAAAUCAAAGAGGAUCUUCAAAAGCAAUUUGCUGAGCAAGCAGAAAAGAAAGAAUUAAUCCUGGCAGAGACACAGAAAGAGAGAGACACCCUAAAGGAGAUGAAUGAGACCAUCACAAGACAAAUACAUGAUAUAAAAAAUCAAGAGGAACAACUGAGACAAAAACAACAUGAACUUGAGCAAGUGAAAAUUGAAAUUCAGAAUAUGCAGAGAAAACUAGACAAUGACAGAAACAUUAUAAUAAAAGACAAAAGUCAGCUUGAUCUGAGACAAUCUGAGCUAGACAAACUACAGGGAGAAGUGAGUGACAUUAUGGAAAAAAUGAGGAAUGAGAGAAGCCAACUAGAUAAAGAUAAACAUGAGAUUGAAGAACAGAAACAGCAAUUGAAGAAAGAAAAAGAUGAUGUAGACCAAAGCAGAGAAUAUCUGGCUGAAGACUUAAAGAUGAUGACACUUCAGAAACAAGUGUUUGAAGAUGAGAAGAACAAGUUAGAACAGAUGAAGAUUGAUCUGCAAAGAGAAGCUGAUGAUAUCAGAAAGCUCAAAGAAGAAACACAAAAUGAGGAACAGAGUGUGAAAAAGAUGGCCAAAGAACUUCAGAAGGAGAAAGAAGUUAUUGUUAAUCUUGCUGAAGAUACAAAGAGAAAACAUGAGAUUCUGGAUGAAAUGAAAACUGCAAAUGAGUCUUUAAUGGCAGAUCUACAAAGAGAGAAACACAGCCUUGAGCAAAUGAGAUUGAACAUCUCCAAAGAAAAUGAUGAUAUUGAAAAUGAGAAAGAGAAAAUAAGACUCAGACAAGAUGAGCUAGAUCAACUACAAGCAGAGAUUUAUAAACAACAAAAUUUAAUUAUAAAGGGAAAGAACAACAUUGAAAGUGAAAGAGCUGCAGUGAUCAGGGAAAAAGAGGACAUGAUGACUGAGCUGAGAAAAAAGUCUGAAAAUGUUGAGAUUCAGAUGAAUGAUGUAAUGAUCAAACAGGAAAUGUUGGAAAAUGAUAGAAAACUGCUGAAGAGAGACAUGGAAGAUCUGCAACAAAAACUAGUUAAUGUAGACAGAUACUCAGAGAGUCUGAAACAUGAUAGAGGAGCUUUGGAGAAUGAGAAAGAGUUAAUAAAACAGAUCAAAACUGACCUACAAAGAGAGACAGAAGAGAUUGACAAGAUCAAACUACACACACAAGAUGAGAUACAAAAACUGGAGGAAAUAACAGCUCAACUCCAGAAAGAGAGAGAAGAAAUCGACAAUCUCAUUGAGGAGACAAAAAGAAAAAACAUGGUCUUGGAUGAAAUUAAUACAGAAAUUGAACUGAAGUCUAAAGACAUUCAAUCUGAUAGAGACCAGCUUGAGAAGGAAAAACAUGAACUUGAGAAAACCAAACAUGAACUUGCUAAAAUCAAAGAGGAUCUUGAAAAGCAAUUUGCUGAGCAAGCAGAAAAGAAAGAAUUAAUCCUGGCAGAGACACAGAAAGAGAGAGACACCCUAAAGGAGAUGAAUGAGACCAUCACAAGACAAAUACAUGAUAUAAAAAAUCAAGAGGAACAACUGAGACAAAAACAACAUGAGCUUGAGCAAGUGAAAAUUGAAAUUCAGAAUAUGCAGAGAGAACUAGACAAUGACAGAAACAUUAUAAUAAAAGACAAAAGUCAGCUUGAUCUGAGACAAUCUGAGCUAGACAAACUACAGGGAGAAUUGAGUGACAUUAUGGAAAAAAUGAGGAAUGAGAGAAGCCAACUAGAUAAAGAUAAACACGAGAUUGAAGAACAGAAACAGCAAUUGAAGAAAGAAAAAGAUGAUGUAGACCAAAGCAGAGAAUAUCUGACUGAAGACUUAAAAAUUAUGACACUUCAGAAACAAGUGUUUGAAGAUGAGAAGAACAAGUUAGAACAGAUGAAGAUUGAUCUGCAAAGAGAAGCUGAUGAUAUCAAAAAGCUCAAAGAAGAAACACAAAAUGAGGAACAGAGUGUGAAAAAGAUGGCCAAAGAACUUCAGAAGGAGAAAGAAGUUAUUGUUAAUCUAGCUGAAGAUACAAAGAGAAAACAUGAGAUUCUGGAUGAAAUGAAAACUGCAAAUGAGUCUUUAAUGGCAGAUCUACAAAAAGAGAAACACAGUCUUGAACAAAUGAGAUUGAACAUCUCCAAAGAAAAUGAUGAUAUUGAAAAUGAGAAAGAGAAAAUAAGACUCAGACAAGAUGAGCUAGAUCAACUACAAGCAGAGAUUUAUAAACAACAAAGUGAAAUGAAAAAGGAAAAUAACAACAUUGAAAGUGUAAGAGCUGCAGUGAUCAGAGAAAAAGAGGACAUGAUGACUGAGCUGAGAAAGAAGUCUGAAGAUGUUGAGAUUCAGAUGAAUGAGGUAAUGAUCAAACAGGAAAUGUUGGAAAAUGAUAGAAAACUGCUGAAGAGAGACAUGGAAGAUCUGCAACAAAAACUAGUUAAUGUAGACAGAGACUCAGAGAGUCUGAAACAUGAGAGAGAUGUUUUGGAGAAUGAGAAGGAAGUAAUAAAACAGAUUAAAACUGACCUGCAAAGAGAGACAGAAGAGAUUGAGAAUAUCCAACUACAAACACAACAUGAAAGACAAAAGCUGGAUGAAAUGACAGCUCAACUCCACAAAGAGAGGAAAGAAAUCAGUGAUCUCAUUGAUGAAAUUAAAAAGAAGAGAGAUAUUCUGGAUGAAUCCUAUACUGAAAUACAAAGGGAACAAGAAGCAAUUGAGAGAGGCAAAGACUUGAUUAGAAGGGAAUGGUCUGACCUAGAGAAAAACAAAGCUGAGAUGUCUCAAACCAUGGAAGAGCUUGAAAAAAAGCUUUCUGAACAAAAAACAAACAUUGAGGUCACACUGGCAGAGAUGCAUCAAGAGAGAAACAUGCUUGAACAGAUGAGUGAGAAAAUAACAAGAGAAAGAAUGGCACUUGAAGAUGAAAAGCAAGAGUUGCGAAUAGAAAAGGAAGAUCUUAAAGGAAUGCGGGCAGAAAUUGAAAGAAAACAAGAAGAUAUUGAUCACCUGAGGUUUGGCUUAACAGAAGAGAGUCUGCUUGAGAAGUCAGAGGCUGAAAUUGUUCUUCAACAGAGUGACGUGGAUCUAGUCAAAUCUUUAUCAGACAAAGAAAUGUCAGAUAAAGAUGGAAAGAGGGUCUUGAUGGAGCAGAUGCUGGAAAUGGACUUAAAAGCUGCAUUAGAAACAGAUGUUGAGAGCCAAAAGUUAGACUUACCUGAAGCUGAGGAAAUACCUCAUAAACAGGAGAUGAUGUUAGAGAAGAAGUUUAUUGAAGAUGAAAAGAACAAACUGGAACAGUUGAGAGCUGAACUGAAAAGGCAAGCUGAACGCAUCGAAAAGGAAAAGCAAGACAUGCAAAAUGAAAGACAGAAGCUAGAAGAAAUGUCAGCUCAACUUCAGGAACAGAUAAGAAAUCUUGAAAGCCUUAAUGAUGAGAUUAAUGUUCAAAAAUGUAAUCAACAAAAGCAAGCAACUGAAUUUGAAAUGGAGAAGACUGAUUUAGAGAAAAUCAAAACAGAAAUUACUAAAGCCAACAAACUUCUUGCAGAACAGCAAGAAAAGAAUGAUAUGACAAUACAAGAAAUGAAGACAGAGAGGGACACUCUUGAAGAAAUGAGGGUGAACAUCACAAAACAAGUGGAGACUAUUCAAAAAGCGAACAAUAGUCUUUCUCGGAGAGAAAGUGAACUUGCAAAGCUGCAGGAAACCAUUUUACAACAACAAGAUGAAAUGGAUGAACUGAAAAACACAAUUAUGAUGGAAAUGAGUCAACUGGACCAGAGACAAACUGAUAUUGAUCUAUUACAGCGAGAGGUUGAUGAUCUUAUGGAAUUCACAAAGACAGAAAUGACCAUCAUAGAAAGAGAAAGAGUGGAAAUGAUGUCACAGAAGAGAAAUAUAGAGAGAGAGAUGGUCAGUCUAGAGGAAGAAAAGAAAACCUGUGAACAACUGAGACUAGAAUUACUGGAGGAAAAGGAUCAGGUUGAAAAAGACAGAGAUCUCUUGACCAAAAAUUUGGAUCUUAUCGAGAGGCGAAAAAUUGAUGUGGAGAAAGAAUUAAAGAAUCUAAGAGUUGAGAAAUACACCUUUCAAAAUGAGAAGGAGGAACUAGAAAGGAUGAAAACUGACCUUCAAAAACAAGCUGAAGACUUGGAGAAACUAACUGAGAAGACCGAUGAAAGAUGGAGGGCAGAAGAGAUGGCAGCCAAAUUUAAAAAGCAAUUGGACAUAAGUAGUAUUCCAGCGGACUACCAACAGGGGAAAGAGCUCAUAGAUGAGAUAGAGAAGCAAAGACAGGAAAUACAGUCUGCCAAAGACUUGCUUCAAGAAGAAAGAUCUGAGCUGGAGAAAACCAAAGCAGAGAUAAACCAAGCCAUGGAAGAACUAAAACACCAAAGAACUGACUUACAGAGAGAUAAAGACAUUAUGAAGCAAAUGAAUACAAAUAACUUAAGACAAAUAGCUCAAAUUGAAGAUGGGAAGGAAAAAUUACAACACAAAGAAAACGAACUAGAACAAAUGAUAACAGAACUUCAAAAUAAACAAAAAGAAAUGGAUUACAUGAAAAGCAACAUAAUAAAAGAAAAGGCUGAUUUUGAGAAUCUGGAGCAAAAAAGAGCUGAGUUGGCUAGAGACUUGGAAAACCUCCAAAAUGAGAAACAAGCUUUUAAAUCUGAACAAGAUGAGCUGGAAAAGGAGAGAGAGUAUAUUGAGAAGUUGAAGCUAGAAGUUCAUAAAGAAAGGCAGAGGGCUGCAGAAGAGUUAGAAAAAGAGAGACAUCAAUUUGCAAAGGAGGUCAAAAUGAAAAAUGACACCCUGGAUGAAAUACAAGCUGACAUAGAUAGACAAAAACAAGCCAUUGCUGUAGACAAGAUGGAUCUGGAAAAAACCAAAGAACAUUUUAAAAGACAAUCCGAGGAGAGUGACAUCAAAUGUGCAGACCUGCAGAAAGAGCGAGAUAGUCUUGAUAAGAUGAGUGUGGAAAUCUUAAAGCAAAAACAUGACCUGGAGAUAGAAAGAGGUGAACUGUUAGAUCAGCGUCAGCCAAUGGAGACACUAAAGAAAGACACUGAAUAUGUGGAACAACUGAGGAAAGAGCUUUUGGAUGAAAAGGAAUUGACUGAGAAAAGCAGAAUGCAACUGAAACAAGACAUAGAAGAUAUGGAACAAAAUAAAUUAAAUCUACAUAAAGAAUUAGAGGAGAUAAAAGUUCAGAAACAGGAUAUUCAAGAUGAAAGAGUUCAACUAGAGCAAAUGAAAGCUGAGUUAGCAAAAGAAAGAAUAGCAAAUGAUGAUAUGUUGAGAGAGGCCAAAAAAGAAAUGGAGAAAUAUGUGGAGAUCAAAUCAAAUAUUUUAAUCCAAAAAGAAGAGUUUGAAACUAAAAGACAAUCAGACAUAGAGGAACUAUUUGGUAUGAGAGCUGAAAUACUCAAACAGAAAGAGGAAUUAGAGGACAAGAUGCAAAAGACUAAACGUGAGAUGAAAGAACUGAAGAUUCUUCAGGAUGAAACUGAUAGCAAGAGGAAAGAUCUUGAUCACAAGAUGAGACAAGUAGUGAGAAAGAGCGAUGAUCUGGAGACAAUGAGAGCUGAUAUUGAAAGUGCAAAUGAGAAACUUGAAAUGGACAGAGUUAUGUUAAGUAUAGAGCGUGAUGACAUGGAGCGAAUGAAAGCUGAGAAACACAGAGCUGAAGAGGAACUACAAUCUCAUAUUGAAGAAAGAGGUGGAGAUCUGGAAGAGAAAGAACAAAUAAACACCAAGAUACAAAGGCUUAUUCAAGAGGCUGAAAAGGCUAGCGAAAUGGCCUGGAGAUCAAAACAUGACCUGGAAAGAAGCAUGCAGAGAGAUGUUAAUAUUCAAGCAGAUUCAGAGGAAAGGCAAGAAAUGAGUGCUUACAUGCAGAGACUGAUCCAGGAAAUUGAGCAUGUCAGAGAGGUUCUCGGAAGAAUGAAAGAUGAAGUCAAGUCUGCUAGAAAUGAAAGAUUUGAACUAGAGGACAUGAGGCUGGAAGUCGAAGCUAUGAAAUAUAGCAUGAAGGAAACCUAUGAGCAACAGAACAAAGAGAUAGAAAAUGAGAAGCAGCAAAUUGAGAGUACCAAAGACUUGCUGAGCAAAGAGCGAAGUGAUCUUGAGCGAAACAGAUCUGAUUUGGAGAGACAAAAACAAGAAAUGGCAUUGGACAAACAGAAAUUACACAAUGAAAAUGAACUGCUGAACAAAGAAAAUGUUGAAAUGAAGAAGCAACAUGAAAUUCUCAAAAACCUUCUAGAAGAAACAACCAGAGAAAGUACAGUACAAACAGUUAAACCUUACAGAAAAAAGAAAGAAAUGAGGAGAGAUUCAGAGGAAUUAAGGAAAAAAUUUCAAAAAAUUGAAUCUUUAAGCAUGGACGACCAGCAAGAAGAGAGUGAGAGUGAGAGUCAGACAGAUGAAAUUAACAGACAAAUAGACAAACUGACAGAGUUGAAGGCUGAGCUGGAUCAACAGCAGGUAGAACUUCAGAAAACUAAAGCAGACUUAAAACACCAGAUGGAUGAGCUAGAAAAUAUGAGGUCUGAGAUGUUACAACAUGAAAAGGACACGAGAGAGGUGGUGCUGAAGGAUAUACAGAGCCAGAGAGAAAUACUAGAAACAAGGAUUCAGAAAAUGAUGCAUGAGAAGGGAGAACUGGAAGUCAUAAGGUCUGAAAUAGUCCUAGAAAAGAAAGAUCUGGAACAGACGAUGAAACAAGUCAUGAGAAAGAGGGAUGAGGUGGAAAAAAUUAAGACUGAGAUAGCAAAGGCAAGAGAGGAGAUCAACAGAGAGCGGCAGGAGCUGGAAACACUCAGGAAUGAUGUUCAAAGUGCAAAAGAGGAUUUUGAGCUAUUGGUGGAGAAAACUGUGAAUCUAGAAGAUGAGGAAAGUACCAAUGCUGACAUCAAAAGACUAAUUUUAGAGGUUGUGAAAAUCAGAGAAAUGGUGAGAAACCUAAAAGUUGACAUGGAGAGCAGGAUGGAGAAAAGUGAGGUGGUGAGAGAUGUAAAGGAAAACUUCAAGGCUGAGAUCCAGAGACUCAUUCAAGAUAUUGGACAAAUACGGGAAAAUCUUGGAUACCUUAGAAAAGAGAUAGAAACCACUAGAAGAGACAAGAAUGAAUUGGAGAAGAUGAGAGCAGAACUUGCAGAAAAGCAACAGGUGGAAGAGAACAUGAGAGAAAUGCUGCAGAAAGAAAGAGAAGAACUGGAGCAGCUGAAGGAUGAGAUAAAUAGAGAAAAGGAGGAUUUGGAGACCAAAAGAGAGCUGGUUAAGGUAGAAAUAGCUAAAGAAAUAAUGGAAGAGUUUAAGGACACAAGAAAGAAAAAGGAAGAACUGGAAAUGGUCACUGAGGAACUCUUAAGAAACAAGAGUGAUCUGGAACAGCUCAACAGAGACAUACAAAACCUAUGGCAAACCAUGGAAGAAAUGAAAACCCUGCAUGAAAAGAAAAGAGCUGAACUGGAAGGCAUUACUUUUGAAGUUAAGAGGAGAGAGCAGAUACUGGAGAAGCAGAAACAUGAGUUGGAAGAGAAAAGUUGGAUUGUUGAAGAAAUAGAGAAAAAGAAAGAUGCACUUGAAAAGAUCAGUAUGGAAAUACUGAGGAAACAAGAAUAUAUUGGAAAAGAAAUGGACAAUUUAAGGCAAGAGAAGCAAGAGCUGGAGCUCUCUAUAAGUGAACUACAGAGACAGAGAGGUGAUGUUGAAUCUUCAAUACAUGCUUUGGUCAUGAAGAAGGAUCAAUUAGAAGAUGAACAAGCCAAAAUCAAUCAACAAAGGCAAGAAGUGAGUGCUGCCAUGAAGGCUUAUGAUGUGGAACUGAAAAAUCUAGGAAAAGUAAGGAAUGAACUAGAAAACGAGAGGGCUAAACUUGAUGAAAAGCUCCAUGAUGCAACAAAAUUGGAGGAGAAACUACAGGAUAUGAAGAGUAAACUAAACAAAGAAAAAGAGCAAAUGGAAGAAAUGAAGCAGAUGGUCAGCACAGAGAGACAUCUGAUUGAACAAGAGACUGCUGAGCUUCAGAAGAAGAAGGAACUGGAAAGAAAGGAAACUGAAAUGGAACAUGAGCAGAAGAAAAUGAGUGAUGGCAGUAAGAUGAUUGAACAGGAAAGAAAAGACUUGCAAAAGAUGAGGUCUGACAUGAUGACAGAAAGAAAGCAAAUGGAAGACAUGAGAGAAGAAAUCAAACUAGAGAGAUCAGCACUUGACCAGAAAAUACAAGAGAUUGAUCUAGAAAAGGUUCAAAUUGAAAAUGACAAAGAAAUAGUUCAGAAGUUAAUGGACAAAGUAGAAGAUCAGAGACGUUAUAUUAAACUCCAGAGAGAAGAACUUGACCUUGAAAAACAAAAGAUCACUGAUGAAAAUUGUAUUCUAGCUGAAAGUAAGACAGAGCUGCAAAAAGAAAGCGAACAAAUCAAAUGCAUGGAGGAGGAAAUAAAGAAGGAGAGAGAAACACUGAAGGAAUUGGAAGCUCAUCUACAAAAGGAAAAGGAAGACAUUGAGACUGUCACUGAAGAAACAAAGAUAAAGCAAGAGGAUCUGGAAAAAAUGAAUACAGAAAUAAUUAAACAAAAACAUGAGUUGAAGAACAGCAGAGACCUUCUAGAACAAGAAAGAGAAGAAAUAAACCACAAAUGGACACAGUUGCAACAGAGAAUUGAUGCAUUUGAUGCUCAGGUCAGCAAACAGAAGGAAGAAUAUCUAACAGAACAAAAGGAAAUAGAAGAAGAAAGAAAAGGUCUAGAGGAGACCAAAGUCAAGAUCCUAGAGUUGAAAACUAAAGCUGAGCAGGAACAUCAAGACAUGAGCCUAAAAAUGAAGGAGUUGAAGACACUGCAAGAACAUAUUAAGAAAGAACAAGAGAAAGAAGAUGAAAUGAGAAUAAAAGAAAACAUGGUGAGAGAAGAACUUGAUCAGAUAAAGAUUGAACUAGAAAGAAAGAAAACUAAAAUAGAUCACGAGCAGAAGAAAAUGGAUGAUGACAGCAAGAUGAUUGAACGGGAACGAAAAGACCUGCAAAAGAUAAGAUCUGACAUGAUGACAGAAAGAAAGCAAAUGGAAGACACGAGAGAAGAAAUCAAACUAGAGAGAUCAGCACUUGACCAGAAAAUACAAGAGAUUGAUCUAGAAAAGAUUAAAAUUGAAAAUGACAAAGAAAUAGUUCAGAAGUUAAUGGAUAAAGUAGAAGAUCAGAGACAUUAUAUUAAACUCCAGAGAGAAGAACUUGACCUUGAAAGACAAAAGAUCACUGAUGAAAAAUGUAUUCUAGCUGAAAGUAAGACAGAGCUGCAAAAAGAAAGCGAACAAAUCAAAUGCAUGGAGGAGGAAAUAAAGAAGGAGAGAGAAACACUGAAGGAAUUGGAAGCUCAUCUACAAAAGGAAAAGGAAGAUGUUGAGAGUGUGACUGAAGAGACAAAUAGAAAGCAAGUGGAUCUUGAAAAAAUGAAUACAGAAAUAAUUGAACAAAAACAAGAGUUGAAGAACAGCAGAGACCUUCUAGAACAAGAAAGAGAAGAAAUAAACCACAAAUGGACACAGUUGCAACAGAGAAUUGAUGCAUUUGAUGCUCAGGUCAGCAAACAGAAGGAAGAAUAUCUAACAGAACAAUAUGAAAUAGAAAAAGAAAGAAAAGGUCUAGAAGAAACCAAAGUCAAGAUCAUAGAGUUGAAAACUAAAGCUGAGCAGGAACAUCAAGACAUGGGCCUAAAAAUGCAAGAGUUGAAGACACUGCAAGGACAAAUUAAGAAAGAACAAGAGAAAGAAGAAGAAAUGAGAGUAAAAGAAAACAUGGUGAGAGAAGAACUUGAUCAGAUAAAGAUUGAACUAGAAAGAGAGAAAACUAAAAUAGAUCACGAGCAGAAGAAAAUGGAUGAUGACAGCAAGAUGAUUGAACGGGAAAGAAAAGACCUGCAAAAGAUAAGAUCUGACAUGAUGACAGAAAGAAAGCAAAUGGAAGACAUGAAAGAAGAAAUCAAACUAGAGAGAUCAGCACUUGACCAGAAAAUACAAGAGAUUGAUCUAGAAAAGAUUAAAAUUGAAAAUGACAAAGAAAUAGUUCAGAAGUUAAUGGAUAAAGUAGAAGAUCAGAGACUUUAUAUUAAACUCCAGAGAGAAGAACUUGACCUUGAAAAACAAAAGAUCACUGAUGAAAAAUGUAUUCUAGCUGAAAGUAAGACAGAGCUGCAAAAAGACAGCGAACAAAUCAAAUGCAUGGAGGAGGAAAUAAAGAAGGAGAGAGAAACACUGAAGGAAUUGGAAGAUCAUCUACAAAAGGAAAAGGAAGAUGUUGAGAGUGUGACUGAAGAGACAAAUAGAAAGCAAGUGGAUCUUGAAAAAAUGAAUACAGAAAUAAUUGAACAAAAACAAGGGUUGAAGAACAGCAGAGACCUUCUAGAACAAGAAAGAGAAGAAAUAAACCACAAAUGGGCACAGUUACAACAGAGAAUUGAUGCAUUUGAUGCUCAGGUCAGCAAACAGAAGGAAGAAUAUCUAACAGAACAAAAGGAAAUAGAAGAAGAAAGAAAAGGUCUAGAGGAGACCAAAGUCAAGAUCCUGGAGCUGAAAACUAAAGCUGAGCAGGAACAUCAAGACAUGAGCCUAAAAAUGAAGGAGUUGAACACACUGCAAGAACAUAUUAAGAAAGAACAAGAGAAAGAAGAUGAAAUGAGAAUAAAAGAAAACAUGGUGAGAGAAGAACUUGAUCAGAUAAAGAGCGAACUAGAAAGAGAGAAAACUAAAAUAGAUCACGAGCAGAAGAAAAUGGAUGAUGACGGCAAGAUGAUUGAACGGGAAAGAAAAGACCUGCAAAAGAUAAGAUCUCACAUGAUAAAAGAAAGAAAGCAAAUGGAAGACAUGAAAGAAGAAAUCAAACUAGAGAGAUCAGCACUUGACCAGAAAAUACAAGAGAUUGAUCUAGAAAAGGUUCAAACUGAAAAUGACAAAGAAAUAGUUCAGAAGUUAAUGGACAAAGUAGAAGAUCAGAGAUGUUAUAUUAAACUCCAGAGAGAAGAACUUGACCUUGAAAGACAAAAGAUCACUGAUGAAAAAUGUAUUCUAGCUGAAAGUAAGACAGAGCUGCAAAAAGAAAGCGAACAAAUCAAAUGCAUGGAGGAGGAAAUAAAGAAGGAGAGAGAAACACUGAAGGAAUUGGAAGCUCAUCUACAAAAGGAAAAGGAAGAUGUUGAGAGUGUGACUGAAGAGACAAAUAGAAAGCAAGUGGAUCUUGAAAAAAUGAAUACAGAAAUAAUUGAACAAAAACAAGAGUUGAAGAACAGCAGAGACCUUCUAGAACAAGAAAGAGAAGAAAUAAACCACAAAUGGACACAGUUGCAACAGAGAAUUGAUGCAUUUGAUGCUCAGGUCAGCAAACAGAAGGAAGAAUAUCUAACAGAACAAUAUGAAAUAGAAAAAGAAAGAAAAGGUCUAGAAGAAACCAAAGUCAAGAUCAUAGAGUUGAAAACUAAAGCUGAGCAGGAACAUCAAGACAUGGGCCUAAAAAUGCAAGAGUUGAAGACACUGCAAGGACAAAUUAAGAAAGAACAAGAGAAAGAAGAAGAAAUGAGAGUAAAAGAAAACAUGGUGAGAGAAGAACUUGAUCAGAUAAAGAUUGAACUAGAAAGAGAGAAAACUAAAAUAGAUCACGAGCAGAAGAAAAUGGAUGAUGACAGCAAGAUGAUUGAACGGGAAAGAAAAGACCUGCAAAAGAUAAGAUCUGACAUGAUGACAGAAAGAAAGCAAAUGGAAGACAUGAAAGAAGAAAUCAAACUAGAGAGAUCAGCACUUGACCAGAAAAUACAAGAGAUUGAUCUAGAAAAGAUUAAAAUUGAAAAUGACAAAGAAAUAGUUCAGAAGUUAAUGGAUAAAGUAGAAGAUCAGAGACUUUAUAUUAAACUCCAGAGAGAAGAACUUGACCUUGAAAGACAAAAGAUCACUGAUGAAAAAUGUAUUCUAGCUGAAAGUAAGACAGAGCUGCAAAAAGAAAGCGAACAAAUCAAAUGCAUGGAGGAGGAAAUAAAGAAGGAGAGAGAAACACUGAAGGAAUUGGAAGAUCAUCUACAAAAGGAAAAGGAAGAUGUUGAGAGUGUGACUGAAGAGACAAAUAGAAAGCAAGUGGAUCUUGAAAAAAUGAAUACAGAAAUAAUUGAACAAAAACAAGGGUUGAAGAACAGCAGAGACCUUCUAGAACAAGAAAGAGAAGAAAUAAACCACAAAUGGGCACAGUUACAACAGAGAAUUGAUGCAUUUGAUGCUCAGGUCAGCAAACAGAAGGAAGAAUAUCUAACAGAACAAAAGGAAAUAGAAGAAGAAAGAAAAGGUCUAGAGGAGACCAAAGUCAAGAUCCUGGAGCUGAAAACUAAAGCUGAGCAGGAACAUCAAGACAUGAGCCUAAAAAUGAAGGAGUUGAACACACUGCAAGAACAUAUUAAGAAAGAACAAGAGAAAGAAGAUGAAAUGAGAAUAAAAGAAAACAUGGUGAGAGAAGAACUUGAUCAGAUAAAGAGCGAACUAGAAAGAGAGAAAACUAAAAUAGAUCACGAGCAGAAGAAAAUGGAUGAUGACGGCAAGAUGAUUGAACGGGAAAGAAAAGACCUGCAAAAGAUAAGAUCUCACAUGAUAAAAGAAAGAAAGCAAAUGGAAGACAUGAAAGAAGAAAUCAAACUAGAGAGAUCAGCACUUGACCAGAAAAUACAAGAGAUUGAUCUAGAAAAGAUUAAAAUUGAAAAUGACAAAGAAAUAGUUCAGAAGUUAAUGGAUAAAGUAGAAGAUCAGAGACAUUAUAUUAAACUCCAGAGAGAAGAACUUGACCUUGAUAAACAAAAGAUCACUGAUGAAAAAUGUAUUCUAGCUGAAAGUAAGACAGAGCUGCAAAAAGAAAGCGAACAAAUCAAAUGCAUGGAGGAGGAAAUAAAGAAGGAGAGAGAAACACUGAAGGAAUUGGAAGCUCAUCUACAAAAGGAAAAGGAAGACAUUGAGACUGUCACUGAGGAAACAAAGAAAAAGCAAGAGGAUCUGGAAAAAAUGAAUACAGAAAUAAUUAAACAAAAACAUGACUUGAAGAACAGCAGAGACCUUCUAGAACAAGAAAGAGAAGAAAUAAACCACAAAUGGACACAGUUACAACAGAGAAUUGAUGCAUUUGAUGCUCAGGUCAGCAAACAGAAGGAAGAAUAUCUAACAGAACAAAAGGAAAUAGAAGAAGAAAGAAAAGGUCUAGAAGAGACCAAAGUCAAGAUCCUAGAGUUGAAAACUAAAGCUGAGCAGGAACAUCAAGACAUGAGCCUAAAAAUGAAGGAGUUGAACACACUUCAAGAACAUAUUAAGAAAGAACAAGAGAAAGCAGAAGAAAUGAGAAUAAAAGAAAACAUGGUGAGAGAAGAGCUUGAUCAGAUAAAGAUUGAACUAGAAAGAGAGAAAACUAAAAUAGAUCACGAGCAGAAGAAAAUGGAUGAUGACAGCAAGCUGAUUGAACGGGAAAGAAAAGACCUUCAAAAGAUAAGAUCUGACAUGAUGACAGAAAGAAAGCAAAUGGAAGACACGAGAGAAGAAAUCAAACUAGAGAGAUCAGCACUUGACCAGAAAAUACAAGAGAUUGAUCUAGAAAAGAUUAAAAUUGAAAAUGACAAAGAAAUAGUUCAGAAGUUAAUGGAUAAAGUAGAAGAUCAGAGACAUUAUAUUAAACUCCAGAGAGAAGAACUUGACCUUGAAAGACAAAAGAUCACUGAUGAAAAAUGUAUUCUAGCUGAAAGUAAGACAGAGCUGCAAAAAGAAAGCGAACAAAUCAAAUGCAUGGAGGAGGAAAUAAAGAAGGAGAGAGAAACACUGAAGGAAUUGGAAGCUCAUCUACAAAAGGAAAAGGAAGAUGUUGAGAGUGUGACUGAAGAGACAAAUAGAAAGCAAGUGGAUCUUGAAAAAAUGAAUACAGAAAUAAUUGAACAAAAACAAGAGUUGAAGAACAGCAGAGACCUUCUAGAACAAGAAAGAGAAGAAAUAAACCACAAAUGGGCACAGUUACAACAGAGAAUUGAUGCAUUUGAUGCUCAGGUCAGCAAACAGAAGGAAGAAUAUCUAACAGAACAAAAGGAAAUAGAAGAAGAAAGAAAAGGUCUAGAGGAGACCAAAGUCAAGAUCCUAGAGUUGAAAACUAAAGCUGAGCAGGAACAUCAAGACAUGGGCCUAAAAAUGCAGGAGUUGAAGACACUGCAAGAACAUAUUAAGAAAGAACAAGAGAAAGCAGAAGAAAUGAGAAUAAAAGAAAACAUGGUGAGAGAAGAGCUUGAUCAGAUAAAGAUUGAACUAGAAAGAGAGAAAACUAAAAUAGAUGACGAGCAGAAGAAAAUGGAUGAUGACAGCAAGCUGAUUGAACGGGAACGAAAAGACCUGCAAAAGAUAAGAUCUGACAUGAUGACAGAAAGAAAGCAAAUGGAAGACACGAGAGAAGAAAUCAAACUAGAGAGAUCAGCACUUGACCAGAAAAUACAAGAGAUUGAUCUAGAAAAGAUUAAAAUUGAAAAUGACAAAGAAAUAGUUCAGAAGUUAAUGGAUAAAGUAGAAGAUCAGAGACAUUAUAUUAAACUCCAGAGAGAAGAACUUGACCUUGAAAGACAAAAGAUCACUGAUGAAAAAUGUAUUCUAGCUGAAAGUAAGACAGAGCUGCAAAAAGAAAGCGAACAAAUCAAAUGCAUGGAGGAGGAAAUAAAGAAGGAGAGAGAAACACUAAAGGAAAUGGAAGCUCAUCUACAAAAGGAAAAGGAAGACAUUGAGACUGUCACUGAGGAAACAAAGAUAAAGCAAGAGGAUCUGGAAAAAAUGAAUACAGAAAUAAUUAAACAAAAACAGGAGUUGAAGAACAGCAGAGACCUUCUAGAACAAGAAAGAGAAGAAAUAAACCACAAAUGGACACAGUUGCAACAGAGAAUUGAUGCAUUUGAUGCUCAGGUCAGCAAACAGAAGGAAGAAUAUCUAACAGAACAAAAGGAAAUAGAAGAAGAAAGAAAAGGUCUAGCAGAAACCAAAGUCAAGAUCCUAGAGUUGAAAACUAAAGCUGAGCAGGAACAUCAAGACAUGAGUCUAAAAAUGCAAGAGUUGAACACACUGCAAGAACAUAUUAAGAAAAAGCAAGAGAAAGAAGAAGAAAUGAGAAUAAAAGAAAACAUGGUGAGAGAAGAACUUGAUCAGAUAAAGAGCGAACUAGAAAGAGAGAAAACUAAAAUAGAUUACGAGCAGAAGAAAAUGGAUGAUGACAGCAAGAUGAUUGAACGGGAAAGAAAAGACCUGCAAAAGAUAAGAUCUGACAUGAUGACAGAAAGAAAGCAAAUGGAAGACACGAGAGAAGAAAUCAAACUAGAGAGAUCAGCACUUGACCAGAAAAUACAAGAGAUUGAUCUAGAAAAGAUUCAAAUUGAAAAUGACAAAGAAAUAGUUCAGAAGUUAAUGGACAAAGUAGAAGAUCAGAGAUGUUAUAUUAAACUCCAGAGAGAAGAACUUGACCUUGAAAAACAAAAGAUCACUGAUGAAAAAUGUAUUCUAGCUGAAAGUAAGACAGAGCUGCAAAAAGAAAGCGAACAAAUCAAAUGCAUGAAGGAGGAAAUAAAGAAGGAGAGAGAAACACUGAAGGAAUUUGAAGCUCAUCUACAAAAGGAAAAGGAAGACAUUGAGACUGUCACUGAAGAAACAAAGAUAAAGCAAGAGGAUCUGGAAAAAAUGAAUACAGAAAUAAUUAAACAAAAACAUGAGUUGAAGAACAGCAGAGACCUUCUAGAACAAGAAAGAGAAGAAAUAAACCACAAAUGGACACAGUUACAACAGAGAAUUGAUGCAUUUGAUGCUCAGGUCAGCAAACAGAAGGAAGAAUAUCUAACAGAACAAAAGGAAAUAGAAGAAGAAAGAAAAGGUCUAGAAGAGACCAAAGUCAAGAUCCUGGAGCUGAACACUAAAGCUGAGCAGGAACAUCAAGACAUGAGCCUAAAAAUGCAGGAGUUGAAGACACUGCAAGAACAUAUUAAGAAAGAACAAGAGAAAGAAGAAGAAAUGAGAGUAAAAGAAAAGAUGGUGAGAGUAGAACUUGAUCAGAUAAAGAGUGAACUAGAAAGAGAGAAAACUAAAAUAGAUUACGAGCAGAAGAAAAUGAAUGAUGACAGAAAGUUCAUUGAACAGAAAAGAAAUGACAUGGAGAAGAUGUGGUCGGAAAUAUUGUUGCAAAGAAAGCAAAUAGAAGAAGACAGAUCAGAACUUGAACACAAAAUAAAACAGACUGAACUAGAAAAAUCUAAUAUAGAGAAAAGCAAAGAAAUUGUACAGAAAUUAUUGGAUGAGGAGGAUGAACAGAGAAAUUAUAUUAAACUUCAUAAAGAAGAAAUUGAACUUGAGAGACAAAAGAUCAAUAAUGAAAAAGACUUUCUGGCACAACUAAAGAGUGAACAGCAAAAAGAAAGUAAACGAAUACGAUACAUGGAAGAGGAAAUGAAUAAGGAGAGAGACACACUGAAAAAAAAGGAAGCUCAUCUACAAAAGGAAAAGGAAGAAAUUAAGAGUGUCAUUGAAGAAACAAACAGACGAAAAGAAGAUCUGGAAAGGAUGAACACAAACAUAAAUAAACAAAAACAAGAGUUGAACGACUUCAGAGACAUUCUGGAAAGAGAAAGAGAAGAGAUAAAUCAUAAAUGGACAGAAUUACAACAGAGAAUUGAUGAAUAUGAACAGUCAAAGAAAAAUGUCACAUUUCAGUCCAAGGCUGAAAUCAAGAGACAGACUGAUGAAACAGACAUCAUGAAAGAGCAGACACACCAGUUAGAAAAAGAGAAAGAUGUGUCUGAAACAUUAAAAGAAGAACUUCUAUCUGGACAGCUUCUUCAACAGAAGAGAGAAGAAAUGGCCUCUCAAGGAAAACAGAUAGAUGAAGCCAACAGACUCUUGUUUGAGAUUCAAAGGGAAAAGGAAGCACUUGAAAGAAGCAAGAAAAUCCUUGAACAUCAGAGAGAGGCACUGGAUGAGAUGAAGAGAAAACAACCAACACAGAGGCUGGAAUUAAUUUUGGUUAGUUCUGCUACACAAACAUCUAAACUAGAUGACAUACCCGUAGGUGACAUUCCAGCCCCUCGGGAACAGAUUGUUGAGGAACACACAGGCAUUCAUAAGGAAUAUACAACUUUCAUGCCAAAAUGGACGGAAGAUGAAUUAGAAAGAAUGAGAGAUCAGGAGGACACAGAGCUCAAAAUGAGAAGUGAGGAAACCAAAAUGGACUCGAGGCAAGAAGACACUGCACUGACAUCGGAAUAUAAAGAUAUACCUGAUACAUCCAUGACAGUAAAGUUGGAGUUCAAUAAAGAUGAAGCCGAUGGCCUUGCUGAAAUGUUGAUGACUGAGAAGAGGGAACUAGAAAAGACAAGACUUCUUUUACAGAGAGACCAGAAAGAGAUUGAGACAAUGAGACAAAACACUGACAGAGAGAGGAGGAAUCUGGAGAAAUAUAAAGCCACUCUUGAAAAACAAUAUGAAGAGUUGGAGUUAUGUAGACAGAAUAUGGACAAUGAAAGAUCUGAGUUAGAAAUGACUCAAGAUCAAAUUAAGAUGGACAUGGAAAACAUUCAAAUGGAGAUCAGGAACAAACAGGAGAAAAUAGAAAACAUGGAAGUUCAACUUCAAGAAAAGAGAAGAGAAAUGGAUACCAUCUCUGUUGAGAUGAAACAGAGAAAAGAGGAGUUGGACUUCCUAAAUUCAGAGAUAAAACAAAAGAGACAAGAGAUGGUGGACACCAAAGAAAUGGAGGGACAUGAGUUAACUGACAUCCUUCCAGAGAGAGAGGAGUCUACAAAAAGAUACCUGGAAGAAAUACAGAACCAAAAGGAGGCAUUACGGAAGGAGAGGGAUGAGGUUGAAAAAAUAAUCACUGGGCUGCAGAAGGAGCAAAUGGAAAUGGAAAUGCGUCAGGCAAUGCUGAACUCAGAAAGAAAUGAACUGAAUAGAAUGAGAGUCGAUCUGGAGACACAAAAAGAGGAGUUUAGGCUUAUGCAACAAAACAUAGAGACAGAAAGAGAAAAGCUGGAAUCUAGGUUGAGGAGAGCAGAGGACAUAGAGAGACUUUCAGAUGAUGUACUGAGACAAAAGGAAAGGGUAGAUGAAAUGGCAGCUCAACUUUUCAAAGAACAGGAAGAGUUUAAAAUUAUUAUGACUGAGGCAAAUAAAUGGAUAAACAAGACUAAACAGAUUGAGGAGGAAAUUAAAACAAAGCAAGAAGAAAUGGAGCACAAUGAAGAACUGAGACAAAAAGAGCUUCAUCAAAGGAGAACAGAAUUUGAAAAAAUGAAGACUGAAAUUGACAAUGAAAGAGAAGAAAUUCAGAAGAUACGAAAGGAAUGUGUGAGAGAAAAACAUGAACUGGAGCAAAUAAAAACAGAUUUGCAGAAAGAAGAACCACAGAAAACCAAUGCAGAAGUGCAAUAUGAUGAAACACACAGUGUUAUGCACACGUUGAAAGAAGAGAAAGAUGAAAUAGCAAGGAUGAAAGCUGACCUCCAGAAUGAGCAGAGGGAAAUCGAAAACAUGUUGGACAUUAUAAAAAGAGAGAAGGGUAAGCUAGAAAAGAAGAAAGCUGAAAUGCAUCAGAUGGCUGCAGAAAUAAGGGACACGGACAGGGAUAAUAACUUACAAGAUGAAAUUAUCCAGAUUGAAGCAAUCCUCAUUGAAACAAAGAGACAAAAGAAUGAACUGGAACAGAUGAAUGACAAUUUGAACAGGGAAAAAUCAGAACUUAAAAAUACUUGUCAGCUCCUAGAAAAAGAAAAGAGAGAAGCAGAAGCUAGAUUACAGGACAUGAUGAAUGAACUGAAUAAUAAGGUUAAGGAAUUAGAAAAUGUACAGAAGUUCAAAACAGAGGAGAGAGAGGCAGAGAAGAAAAUUCUGGAGAAAUUUAAGGAUGAAAUGGCUAAAGAACGUGAAAAAAUCAAAAAGGAAAAUGAAGAUUUAAGAAUGAGAAGAGACGAGCUGCUGCACAUGAAAGAUGAAAUUCAAAAGCAGACAAAAGACCUAGAAGAUAUGAUGAACAUAGUGACAAUGGAGAAGAGUGAGCUAGAACAAGAGAGGUGUGAAAUAAACAAACAAAAACUGGAAGACAUUGGGAAAGCUGCAGAAAUAACGUGGGUUGAGACACAGGUAGCCGCUGAAAGGUCCAGACAAGAUGACGAGGACAUACAAAUCUUAAAAACUGAGAUAAAAAGGAUAUCGCAUCUGAAUGAUCAAUUACUGAAAGAGAAAGAGGAUGUUGAAACCACCAAAGAGAAAAUUAAUAGAAAGAUGGAACAUAUUGAAAAGAUGCAAACCCAAUUAAAUGAUCAAAAAGAAGAGAUCAAGCUUGAAAAACAAAAAUUAGAAGAUAUAAGGACUGAGAUUCAAGAUGAGACAAAUGCUCAAAAGAAAAUUAUAAAGGACUUACAAAAAGAGAAGGAAAGUCUAAAUGCUUUAGUUAUUCAACAACAAAAAGAAAGAGAAGAUAUGGAUAAACUAGCAGAAGAGAACAAAAGAAGAGAGAAGCAUGCCGAGGUUGAGAUACAAAGACAAUUAGAAGAUGUAGAAAAUGUCAAGGUGAUGUUGGCAAAAGAAAGGAACCAAAUUGAACAGAUGAAUGCAGAAAUACAGACUAAACAUGAAGAGCCAGAGGAAAUAAUCAGAAAACAGCAAGAGGAGAUUGCAAUCAAAGAGAAUGACAUGCAAAGAGAAAGAAAGGCUUUGGAGAAAAUGAAUGUUGAGCUCGAAAGGAAAACCACUGAAAUGGAAAAUAAGAGAGAGAAAGUAACUCUCUUGGAAGCCGAUAUACAGAAACAGAAAACCAAAGUAGAAGAGCUAAGGAACCUGUCAGAAAGUGAGAGGAGUGAACUUGAAAGAGAGAAAGCAGAAGUAAAACAAGAAAAGCAAGAGAUUGAAAACAUUCAAACAACCAUCAAGAGAGAUUUGGAAGACCUAGAGCAAUUGAGAAAUAAAUAUGAGGAAGAGAAGAAAGACAUGCUGGACAGACUGUUAACAGAAAAACAUGAAAUGGAUCAAUUAAAAACUGAGUUACAGUUGGAGAAGAAGAACAUUGAAGAGGAAAAGAAAAAGCUAAAGCAGCUGAUGACCGAAACUGAAAAUAAAAGAUCUCUACUGGACAGCAACAUUGUGCAAAUUAACAUGGACAAACUAAAUAUUCAAAAAGAAAAAGACUCACUGGAGGAGAUUAAGGCAGAUUUACAAAGAAAGUCUGAAAAGUUUAAUGAGGAAAUCAUUACAUCUCAAAUCAGUGAAGACCAAGAGAACAUUCCAAAGAGACUCGAUGACAUGAGAAGAAAUGAAGAAGAGCUCAGUACUAUGCGUGCUGACAUCGAAAGGAAGACAAAGCUUCUGCAAUCAGAUCUACUGCUACUUCAGACACAAAAAGAGAACUUAGAAAAGAGCAAAGCAGAGAAUGAAACUCUAAGAGAAGAUCUUGAAAAACAAAAAGAAAAGAAUGACUUAACAACGCAAGAACUGCACAAAGAGAGGCUGGCCUUGGAGCAGAAGAUUACUGAUAUGACACAGCUAAGAGACACAGUGGAAGGCACACAAAAUGAAAUACAACUUAAAGAACUGGAUCUGAAAAACAAAGAAAGAGAACUUGAAAUGCAAAGAAAAGAUGUAGAUAACCUAAGAAACAUUGUGAUGGCUGAGAAAAUGCAGCUGGAAAAGAGUCAAAAUGUUAUGAAUCAACAGCAGCAGGAGGUCGAUGACUUGAUGAAUGAAAACAGAAAAAUUAGAAAUAAUUUAGAGAACAUGAAAACUCAUCUGGAAAAAGAGAGACAACAACUACAAGAAAACAUCAAAAGAUUUGAAGAUCAGAAGGAUGCCUCUGAUCAAAUCAAAGUUGAUGCAAAGCAACAGACCGAUGAGCUUGAGAAAAUCACAGCAGAUACAACAAGGGAUAAGGAACCUCUUGGAAAGGAAAGAGAGGAGACUGAUGCUCUGAAGAAAGAAAUCCAGAGAAAGAAAGAUGAACUGCAAAGCUUACAUUUUGAGAUUGAAAGCUCCAAGCAAGAAAUGGCAGAAAAAAGAGAUCAGUUUGAAAAAGAGAUGGAAAAUUUAAUGCAGAAAAGAGCAGAUUUACUGACAGAAACUGAUCAGCAAGCCAAUACCAAAAUAAAGAAGAAAGAUGUAAAAACAGCAGUGGAGAGUGAAACACAGAUCCAAGCUGCUUUACAAACGGUCGGGGAGGACACUGAAGAAGAAAAGACAGAUGCUGAAUUGCAGGUUGUUCUCCAGAAACAGAAGGAUGAACUCGAAGAACUGAGGAACGCAAUUGAGGUGGAAAAAAAUCAGAUCGAAAAGAAAAAGCUCACAUUAGAUCAACAGCAGCAGGAAUUAGAAGACAUCAUGGCGGUCAUCAAACGAGAGAGAGAUGUGCUUCAGAAAGAGAAGUCUGAACUUGAUGAACACAGACAUAUCCUCAAUAAAAAUAUCCAGACAAAACAAGAAGAGCUUGUAAAGCUUAAUAAUGACAUUCAAAGGGACAAAAUGGAGAUCGAAAACAGCAAAAAGAUAACUGAGAGUGAAAAAUAUUGCAUCGAAAAGGAGAGAGCUGAUUUAAACAGACUGAAGAAAGAGGCUGAAGUCAGCAAACAAAGCAUACAACACGAGAGAACUUUGCUGCAACAAGAUAAAGACAUGAUACAGAAAGAAAAAGAGGACUUGGAAGGCAUUAUAGAAGAAAAGACAAGAACAAUGGAGGAACUGCAAGAGCAAAUAAGCAGACAAUUAUCUGAACUGGAGAUGUUAAACAUGAAGAUUGAAAUAAAGAGACAGGAAGUGGAAAUGCAUCACUUACCAGAAGAGAUGAAAACAAAAGAUCACUCAAAAAGGGAUGCUGAUGUCCUAAGAGAGGAAGUAGAAGUAAAAAAACUAAAAACAGAUGAACUUGAGAUAUUUCAAACGAAGACCACCUCAGUAGAUGCUGAAACACAAACACCUUUGUAUGACUUUAAGAAAACAGAUGAUAGCAGACAAAAGGAUUUAGAAGAUGGAACAGCUGCAACAGAGAAAAAAACCACCGAUACAAAGUCAAAAGACACGCACACAUCUGAAGUGCAAGAAAUAACAGAUUCUUUAAACAAAGAAAUUGAAGAUUUGGAGAGAAUGAAGAUGAUGAUGAAAAAAGAGAGACAUGAACUUGAACAAGCAAAAAAAGACUUUGAGAGAAAUAUGAAGGAAGUCAUGAAGGAGAAGUCAAGAAAUGAAGAAAAACUGCUACGACUUACACAAGACAAGGAGGAUAUAUCAAACAACCUUGAGAAGAAAAACAAGGAAUUAGAGAACAUCACAGAAGCAUUCAUGAGAAAGUUGGAACAACUGGAAAAGACCAUAGCAUCACUGAAAGAAGAGAAGGAAAGCAUAGAAAAUGAGUUGCUUCUACAAAAGCUAAAUGAACAGGAGACACUAAAAAUCGAGGGAAAAACAGAUGAUGCUUCCACUGGAAGUGACAGGGAUGCUGAGGAAGUCACAUACAAACCAGCACUGGAACAAGUACCAUUCACUAAAGAGGAGAAGAAGACAGACAGAGACAGCAGUCUGGAACUGACUGAGAUUCAUUGGGCCAAAAUAGGUGGAGAAACAGAAGCAAAAACCUCCAAAACUGAUGCCGAAAAAGAAGUUCUUCAGCUAAUGUAUGACGCAGCCCUAGAAGGAGAUGAGCUCAACAUCAUGACAGCUGAGUUACAGAGACAACAUGACGAAAUGGAGAACAAAAUGAAGAUCAUACAAGCUGGCCUUCUUGAGAUGGAGAAGGCAAAGGAACACCUGCAUAAAUUGAGGGAUGAAUGUAAAACCGCUGAAGAAGAAAAGUCAGUGAUCAUGGAGAGUCUCGAGAGGAUGAGGAACAGCCUGGAGAAGGUUCAAGCUGAGGUACUGAGACUUACCAAGGAGAUUGAGAAUCUCACACAAAGCUACGAAUACAAAAGAAGAGAACUGCAACAAAUUGAGACUGACAUACAAAGACUGACAAGGACUGUGAAGACUCAACAUGAAACUAAUAUUAAGAGUGAACAAGAAGACCAAGAAGCAACAGUGUCUACAAAAUCCGUUCAAGAACAUACGGAGGAUGUUAAGCAGAAGAGAACUCAAGAGACACAAACUGAAGACCAGGAAAGAGAUGCUCUACCACAGUAUAAAGAGACAGGUGCAAUAAAAAGGAGAAUACAGGAAAUAAAAGAUGAACUAAACAUCAGAUUACAAGACAUACAGAGGAAGGAACUGGAAAGACUCGGAAUGCAAAGAGAAAAAAUCGAGUUGGAGCUACGGAAAGCUGAAAUGGAAAGAUACAAUGAAGCCCUCCAGCAUGAGAGAGAAACUGACAGACUCAAGCUCAUAGAAAAAGAAAAGGAAAUACUUCUGUUAAGGGAGUGUAUGCUGAUUGAGAUCAAUCGACUGAAGAGCGAAGAAGCAGAAACAAGUAGUCAGCACAUGGAGAUUAUGGAGCGCCUCAUUAGUGAUACAGCAUUAAGAGUGGACAGAUUCAGACGGGUUACGGACAGAGCCGUGCAAACGCUGAUGCUGGAAGGAGAGGGAGAGCAGUUUGGAGGAGCUCAAAUAGUGACGACUGAACAGAUGGAAAGUGCUAGUGGAAGGAUGGAGGUUUCUAUGCAUGUCCUGAGUGAAGACAGGGAGGAAGCAGCGAGAAGAGAAUCCGAGAGAGGGGGCUUAGUUGGGCCAACUUCACGAAGAUUGCGGCUACUGCACUGGUUCAGACGGUGCUGCUGUCCCAGAAACACUGUGGAGGAAACUGAGGACAUUUCAUAAACACAGGUUUUGUUCAUUUAGAAGUACACUGUCAGAAGGAAUUUGACAGAAACUGAGAAGCAUGUCCUAAACAAAUAAAAUCCAUGGAUUAUCAGUAUUUUUAUGAAUAUAUUUACAAGUAGAAUUCUGUGGGAGAACCCCUCACCCCGAAAUAAUUUUAGUAAUGUCUAUAAAAAAUAACAAAAAAUAACAAAAAAAUACAGGAUAACAAAACUAUUUAGUAAUAUAAUUACAGAUUAUUUAAAUAGCACCAAAUAUUUAAUGUUUAUCACAGUUUAUAUAGUUCAAUAAAUCAGUUUUGCAAUUUCAAAACACGACACAGAUGCUUGCGUAAGCCAGAAUGAAUCUUUCAUGAUUACAUACAGUACAUAUAUGCAUAUAACUCCUCAAAUAACUCAUUAGCGUAAUGUGUGUGCUAUGUGUGUGUAUGUGUGCAUCUUCGGGGCUGUUCUUUUUUUUUUCACUAAUGUGUCAUUAAAACAGAUCCUAAGAUUAUCUGUUUUGAUUUCUCAUGACAAAUUGAUAUAAUUAUCUUGUGUUUUGAGUUUGGGUUCUUGCACUUAAUCCUAAAUCUUUCCAGAAGGAACUUAAGUGUUGUGCACUGUUAAUUGGCAACUUUGGAAAUUUCUGCACAAUUAUCUGUGAAAAGCAAAGCUCACCUGUAAUGUUCAAAGGCAAUAUAUGCACAAUCCUUUGGGGAUGAGAAGAGUGCAGAUGAAUGUGAGAGGAUGGAUAUCCUAAUCGCACCAGCAUGAGUGCUUGAGGUCUUGUUUGUUGCAUGCACAUUCUUGCAGCUCUGCAUGACGGAAGUUUUGCAGAUGUGCCCUAUGUAACACAGAUGCACAGAAGCUGCUUUGAGUGAUGGAUUUCACAAGGAUCCACAGUAUGCCAAAGAGUGAACUACACUGGUAUGAUAAUUACAGAGGCCGUUGUAUCACCAACUGAACUUAACUUUUUUUUUUUUUUUUUUUUUACAGUCUAUGAUCUUAUCCCAUUUUAAAAAUGAUGCAAUGGAUUUUUAGAUGAUAAAACCAGCAGGUCUAUUUAGAGGAUCAAACACCCAUGAGUUCCAAACAAGUAUAUUCUAAUUUAAUAAGUAUAUCCCAGACUCAUGUAUACACACACACACACAAUGUAUUGUUUUUAAUGUAUUGAUUGAAUUUGUUUCACACACAAACAACAUAUUGUUCACAAUGUCUUGCAUUGGAAUGAAAUAAACAAAUCUUAUCCUAAAA